AUGGCUGCGCGGAAACGGCUGCGCGGGAACGGCUGCGCGGGAACGGCUGCGCGGGAACAGGUGCGCGGGAACAGGUGCGCGGGAACAGGUGCGCGGGAACAGCUGCGCAGGAACAGCUGCGCAGGAACAGGUGCGCAGGAACAGGUGCGCAGGAACAGGUGCGCAGGUACAGGUGCGCAGGAACAGGUUCGCAGGAACAGGUGCGCAGGAACAGCUGCGCAGGAACAGCUGCGCAGGAACAGGUGCGCAGGAACAGCUGUGCAGGAACAGCUGCGCAGGAACAGCUGCGCAGGAACAGCUGCGCAGGAACAGCUGCGCAGAAACAGCUGCGCAGAAACAGCCGCGCAGAAACAGCCUCGCAGAAACAGCCUCGCAGAAACAGCCGCGCAGAAUCAGCCGCGCAGAAACAGCCGCGCAGGAACAGCCGCGCAGGAACAGCCGCGCAGGAACAGCUGCACAGGAACAGCUGCGCAGGAACAGCUGCGCAGGAACAGCUGCGCAGGAACAGCUGCGCAGGAACAGCUGCGCAGGAACAGCUGCGCAGGAACAGCUGCGCAGAAACAGCGGCGCAGAAACAGCGGCGCAGAAACACUCUAUAGCCUCCGGUUACAGGAGCGUACCUCCAUGUUCAAUGUUUUUUGGGCAGUUGAACAUGUAAAGUUGAAUCCCGAACAGCUGCGCAGAAGCGGCUGCGCAGAAGCGGCUGCGCAGAAGCGGCUGCGCAGAAGCGGCUGCGCAGAAGCGGCUGCGCAGAAGCGGCUGCGCAGAAACGGCUGCGCAGAAGCGGCUGCGCAGAAGCGGCUGCGCACAAGCGGCUGCGCACAAGCGGCUGCGCACAAGCGGCUGCGCAGAAGCGGCAGCGCAGAAGCGGCUGCGCAGAAGCGGCUGCGCAGAAGCGGCUGCGCAGAAGCGGCUGCGCAGAAGCGGCUGCGCAGAAGCGGCUGCGCAGAAGCGGCUGCGCAGAAGCGGCUGCGCAGAAGCGCCUGCGCAGAAGCGGCUGCGCAGAAGCGGCUGCGCAGAAGCGGCUGCGCAGAAACGGCUGCGCAGAAACGGCUGCGCAGAAACGGCUGCGCAGCAGCGGCUGCGCAGAAGCGGCUGCGCAGAAGCGGCUGCGCAGAAGCGGCUGCGCAGAAGCGGCUGCGCAGAAGCGGCUGCGCAGAAGCGGCUGCGCAGAAACAGCUGCGCAGAUGCAGCUGCGCAGAAACAGCUGCGCAGAAACAGCUGCGCAGAAACAGCUGCGCAGAAACGGCUGCGCAGAAGCGGCUGCGCAGAAGCGGCUGCGCAGAAGCGGCUGCGCAGAAGCGGCUGCGCAGAUGCAGCUGCGCAGAAACAGCUGCGCAGAAACAGCUGCGCAGAAACAGCUGCGCAGAAACAACUGCGCAGAAGCGGCUGCGCAGAAGCGGCUGCGCAGAAGCGGCUGCGCAGAAGCGGCUGCGCAGAAGCGGCUGCGCAGAAGCGGCUGCGCAGAAGCGGCUGCGCGGAAGCGGCUGCGCGGAAGCGGCUGCGCGGAAACGGCUGCGCGGAAACGGCUGCGCGGAAACGGCUGCGCGGAAGCGGCUGCGCGGAAGCGGCUGCGCGGAAGCGGCUGCGCGGAAGCGGCUGCGCGGAAGCGGCUGCGCAGAAGCGGCUGCGCAGAAGCGGCUGCGCAGAAGCGGCUGCGCAGAAGCGGCUGCGCAGAAGCGGCUGCGCAGAAGCGGCUGCGCAGAAACGGCUGCGCAGAAACGGCUGCGCAGAAACGGCUGCGCAGAAACGGCUGCGCAGAAACGGCUGCGCAGAAACGGCUGCGCAGAAGCGGCUGCGCAGAAGCGGCUGCGCAGAAGCAGCUGCGCAGAAGCAGCUGCGCAGAAGCAGCUGCGCAGAAGCAGCUGCGCAGAAGCAGCUGCGCAGAAGCAGCUGCGCAGAAGCAGCUGCGCAGAAGCAGCUGCGCUGAAGCAGCUGCGCAGAAGCAGCUGCGCAGAAACAGCUGCGCAGAAACAGCUGCGCAGGAACAGCUGCGCAGGAACAGCUGCGCAGGAACAGCUGCGCAGGAACAGCUGCGCAGGAACAGCUGCGCAGGAACAGCUGCGCAGGAACAGCUGCGCAGGAACAGCUGCGCAGGAACAGCUGCGCAGGAACAGCUGCGCAGGAACAGCUGCGCAGGAACAGCUGCGCAGGAACAGCUGCGCAGGAACAGCUGCGCAGAAACAGCUGCGCAGGAACAGCUGCGCAGGAACAGCUGCGCAGGAACAGCUGCGCAGGAACAGCUGCGCAGAAACUGCUGCGCAGAAACUGCUGCGCAGAAACUGCUGCGCAGAAACUGCUGCGCAGAAACAGCUGCGCAGGAACAGCUGCGCAGGAACAGCUGCGCAGGAACAGCUGCGCAGGAACAGCUGCGCAGGAACAGCUGCGCAGAAACAACUGCGCAGAAACAGCUGCGCAGGAACAGCUGCGCAGAAACAGCUGCGCAGAAACAGCUGCGCAGAAACAGCUUCGCAGAAACAGCUGCGCAGAAACAGCUGCGCAGAAACAACUGCGCAGAAACAGCUGCGCAGGAACAGCUGCGCAGAAACAGCUGCGCAGAAACAGCUGCGCAGAAACAGCUGCGCAGGAACAGCUGCGCAGGAACAGCUGCGCAGAAACAGCUGCGCAGAAACAGCUGCGCAGAAACAGCUGCGCAGAAACAGCUGCGCAGAAACAGCUGCGCAGAAACAGCUGCGCAGAAACAGCUGCGCAGAAACAGCUGCGCAGGAACAGCUGCGCAGAAACAGCUGCGCAGGAACGGCUGCGCAGGAACGGCUGCGCAGAAACGGCUGCGCAGAAACGGCUGCGCAGAAACGGCAGCGCAGAAACGGCUGCGCAGAAACGGCUGCGCAGAAACGGCUGCGCAGAAGCAGCUGCGCAGAAGCAGCUGCGCAGAAGCAGCUGCGCAGAAGCAGCUGCGCAGAAGCAGCUGCGCAGAAGCAGCUGCGCGGAAGCAGCUGCGCAGAAGCAGCUGCGCAGAAGCAGCUGCGCAGAAGCAGCUGCGCAGAAACAGCUGCGCAGAAACAGCUGCGCAGGAACAGCUGCGCAGGAACAGCUGCGCAGGAACAGCUGCGCAGGAACAGCUGCGCAGGAACAGCUGCGCAGGAACAGCUGCGCAGGAACAGCUGCGCAGGAACAGCUGCGCAGGAACAGCUGCGCAGGAACAGCUGCGCAGAAACAGCUGCGCAGGAACAGCUGCGCAGAAACAGCUGCGCUGGAACAGCUGCGCAGGAACAGCUGCGCAGGAACAGCUGCGCAGGAACAGCUGCGCAGGAACAGCUGCGCAGGAACAGCUGCGCAGAAACAGCUGCGCAGAAACAGCUGCGCAGGAACAGCUGCGCAGGAACAGCUGCGCAGGAACAGCUGCGCAGGAACAGCUGCGCAGAAACUGCUGCGCAGAAACUGCUGCGCAGAAACAGCUGCGCAGAAACAGCUGCGCAGGAACAGCUGCGCAGGAACAGCUGCGCAGGAACAGCUGCGCAGGAACAGCUGCGCAGAAACAGCUGCGCAGGAACAGCUGCGCAGAAACAGCUGCGCAGGAACAGCUGCGCAGAAACAGCUGCGCAGGAACAGCUGCGCAGAAACAACUGCGCAGAAACAACUGCGCAGAAACAGCUGCGCAGGAACAGCUGCGCAGAAACAGCUGCGCAGAAACAGCUGCGCAGAAGCGGCUGCGCAGAAGCGGCUGCGCAGAAGCGGCUGCGCAGAAGCGGCUGCGCAGAAGCGGCUGCGCAGAAGCGGCUGCGCAGAAGCGGCUGCGCGGAAGCGGCUGCGCGGAAGCGGCUGCGCGGAAACGGCUGCGCAGAAGCGGCUGCGCAGAAGCGGCUGCGCAGAAGCGGCUGCGCAGAAGCGGCUGCGCAGAAACGGCUGCGCAGAAACGGCUGCGCAGAAACGGCUGCGCAGAAACGGCUGCGCAGAAACGGCUGCGCAGAAACGUAUGCGCAGAAACGGCUGCGCAGAAACGGCUGCGCAGAAACGGCUGCGCAGAAACGGCUGCGCAGAAACGGCUGCGCAGAAACAGCUGCGCAGAAACGGCUGCGCAGAAACGGCUGCGCAGAAACGGCUGCGCAGAAACGGCUGCGCAGAAACGGCUGCGCAGAAACGGCUGCGCAGAAACGGCUGCGCAGAAACGGCUGCGCAGAAACAGCUGCGCAGAAACAGCUGCGCAGAAACAGCUGCGCAGAAACAGCUGCGCAGAAACAGCUGCGCAGAAACAGCUGCGCAGAAGCAGCUGCGCAGAAGCAGCUGCGCAGAAACAGCUGCGCAGAAACAGCUGCGCAGAAACAGCUGCGCAGAAACAGGGCGCAGAAACAGCUGCGCAGAAACAGCUGCGCAGAAACAGCUGCGCAGAUACAGCUGCGCAGAUACAGCUGCGCAGAUACAGCUGCGCAGAUACAGCUGCGCAGAAACAGCUGCGCAGAUACAGCUGCGCAGAAAGAGCUGCGCAGAAACAGCUGCGCAGAAACAGCUGCGCAGAAACAGCUGCGCAGAAACAGCUGCACAGAAACAGCUGCGCAGGAACAGCUGCGCAGAAACAGCUGCGCAGAAACAGCUGCGCAGGAACAGCUGCGCAGGAACAGCUGCGCAGAAACAGGUGCGCAGAAACAGCUGCGCAGAAACAGCUGCGCAGGAACAGCUGCGCAGGAACAGCUGCGCAGGAACAGCUGCGCAGGAACAGCUGCGCAGAAACAGCUGCGCAGGAACAGCUGCGCAGGAACAGCUGCGCAGGAACAGCUGCGCAGCAACAGCUGCGCAGAAACAGCUGCGCAGAAACAGCUGCGCAGAAACAGCUGCAGAAACAGCUGCGCAGAAACAGCGGCGCAGAAACAGCGGCGCAGAAACAGCGGCGCAGAAACACUCUAUAGCCUCCGGUUACAGGAGCGUACCUCCAUGUUCAAUGUUUUUUGGGCAGUUGAACAUAAACGGCUGCGCAGGAACGGCUGCGCAGGAACAGCUGCGCAUAAGCGGCUGCGCAGAAGCGGCUGCGCAGAAGCGGCUGCGCAGAAGCGGCUGCGCAGAAGCGGCUGCGCAGAAGCGGUUGCGCAGAAGCGGCUGCGCAGAAGCGGCUGCGCAGAAGCGGCUGCGCAGAAGCGGCUGCGCAGAAGCGGCUGCGCAGAAGCGGCUGCGCACAAGCGGCUGCGCAGAAGCGGCUGCGCAGAAGCGGCUGCGCAGAAGCGGCUGCGCAGUAGCGGCUGCGCAAAACGGCUGCGCAGAAACGGCUGCGCAGAAGCGGCUGCGCAGAAGCGGCUGCGCAGAAGCGGCUGCGCAGAAGCGGCUGCGCAGAAGCGGCUGCGCAGAAGCGGCUGCGCAGAAGCGGCUGCGCAGAAGCGGCUGCGCAGAAGCGGCUGCGCAGAAGCGGCUGCGCAGAAACGGCUGCGCAGAAACGGCUGCGCAGAAACGGCUGCGCAGAAACGGCUGCGCAGAAACGUCUGCGCAGAUACGGCUGCGCAGGAACGGCUGCGCAGGAACGGCUGCGCAGGAACGGCUGCGCAGGAACGGCUGCGCAGGAACGGCUGCGCAGGAACGGCUGCGCAGGAACGGCUGCGCUGGAACGGCUUCGCAGGAACGGCUGCGCAGAAGCGGCUGCGCAGAAGCGGCUGCGCAGAAGCGGCUGCGCAGAAGCGGCUGCGCAGAAGCGGCUGCGCAGAAGCGGCUGCGCAGAAGCGGCUGCGCAGAAGCGGCUGCGCAGAAGCGGCUGCGCAGAAGCGGCUGCGCAGAAGCGGCUGCGCAGAAACGGCUGCGCAGAAACGGCUGCGCAGAAACGGCUGCGCAGGAACGGCUGCGCAGAAACGGCUGCGCAGAAACGGCUGCGCAGAAACGGCUGCGCAGAAACGGCUGCGCAGAAACGGCUGCGCAGAAACGACUGCGCAGAAACAGCUGCGCAGAAGCAGCUGCGCAGAAGCAGCUGCGCAGAAUCAGCUGCGCAGAAGCAGCUGCGCAGAAGCAGCUGCGCAGAAGCAGCUGCGCAGAAGCAGCUGCGCAGAAACAGCUGCGCAGAAACAGCUGCGCAGAUACAGCUGCGCAGAUACAGCUGCGCAGAUACAGCUGCGCAGAAACGGCUGCGCAGAAACGGCUGCGGAGAAACGGCUGCGCAGAAACGGCUGCGCAGAAACGUAUGCGCAGAAACGGCUGCGCAGAAACGGCUGCGCAGAAACGGCUGCGCAGAAACGGCUGCGCAGAAACGGCUGCGCAGAAACGGCUGCGCAGAAACGGCUGCGCAGAAACGGCUGCGCAGAAACGGCUGCGCAGAAACGGCUGCGCAGAAACGGCUGCGCAGAAACGGCUGCGCAGAAACGGCUGCGCAGAAACAGCUGCGCAGAAACAGCUGCGCAGAAACAGCUGCGCAGAAACAGCUGCGCAGAAACAGCUGCGCAGAAGCAGCUGCGCAGAAACAGCUGCGCUGAAGCAGCUGCGCAGAAACAGCUGCGCAGAAACAGCUGCGCAGAAACAGCUGCGCAGAAACAGUGCGCAGAAACAGCUGCGCAGAAACAGCUGCGCAGAAACAGCUGCGCAGAAACAGCUGCGCAGAUACAGCUGCGCAGAUACAGCUGCGCAGAAACAGCUGCGCAGAAACAGCUGCGCAGAUACAGCUGCGCAGAUACAGCUGCGCAGAAACAGCUGCGCAGAAACAGCUGCGCAGAAACAGCUGCGCAGAAACAGCUGCGCAGAAACAGCUGCGCAGGAACAGCUGCACAGAAACAGCUGCGCAGAAACAGCUGCGCAGAAACAGCUGCGCAGGAACAGCUGCGCAGGAACAGCUGCGCAGAAACAGCUGCGCAGGAACAGCUGCGCAGGAACAGCUACGCAGGAACAGCUGCGCAGGAACAGCUGCGCAGGAACAGCUGCACAGGAACAGCUGCGCAGGAACAGCUGCGCAGGAACAGCUGCGCAGGAACAGCUGCGCAGGAACAGCUGCGCAGAAACAGCUGCGCAGAAACAGCGGCGCAGAAACAGCGGCGCAGAAACACUCUAUAG